AUGGCAACUCAACGAAAGGGAUGUGGCGACAAGUGUGUUCUAAUUCAGCAGAUCAAGGAUAACCUUUCGAAAUUUGCUCCGAUCGUCUCUACGAAGUCCGAUAUGUGGGAGCCGCUCUAUGGAUUUCCUCAGAAUAUUACCACACGAGACUACAGAGAUUUUCUAAAGUGGAACGUUGAAAAACACUUGGCAACAAUGAAACAUGGUGCAAUGGUGUGGAUUCUUGCAGCAACAUCGACUGGAACAUUUGCUUAUCCAGAAUGCUGGCAACUGGACGCAAUCCUAACAUUCACUUAA